ACUUCACCACUUUUUUAGGACAAAAAGGAGUAUCUCAAAAUCUUUCUCCACCCUCCAUUUCUUUACUCCUUAUCCAAAUUCCAAAUUAAUAAACUUUACUUAAUACCUCACCUCUCAAUAUGUUUUCAUGAUCUGUUUGCCACAAGUUUUAAGAAUUUAAAACAAAGAAAAAUAACAUUUUUAUCUUUCCCCAUAUGGAUGUUGUUUUACCUCAUUGCUCUUGUACCCAAUUUCAAUCUGGGUCGGAUCCAUGCCACACAUGCGGUGGUUCGACCUUUUUGCCUAUCAUGGAAACUGUGGUUCAGUUUGAAGGUAAUCGGAUUCUUGAUUGUGUUCCUAAAUUGGUUGCUGGUGCCAUUUCUGGUGCUCUCACGGGACUUUUUGCUCUUGCCGGAGCUGUCACAGGAGCUAUUACAGGUGCAUUAGCUGGCCGGGCUUCUGAUUGUGGCGUUCUUCGAGGAGCGGGACUUGGGGCUAUUGCUGGUGCUGUCCUUUCUGUUGAGGUUUUGGAGGCUUCUCGGGCUUACUGGUGUUUAGAACAAUCUGGUUCUCGAGGUCCUUCGUCAAUGGCAGAUUUCGUUGAAGAGCUUCUCCGGGGAAGAUUCGUAAAUGACCAGUUUUCACCAGCAAUUCUAACUGCAUAUCACUGGCAGGUAAGCAUUCCGAACUUAAGUUCUGAUGAAGCUCAUGGUGAAGUUGCAUCCAGAGGAUUGUCAGGAGACUCACUUAAGAAAUUGCCAAGUCAUACCUUGGAUGAAAUCAAGGCAAAACAGACCAUAUGCUGCACCAUAUGUUUGCAGGAUAUUGUAAAAGGGGAAACUGCAAGGACUUUGCCCCGUUGCCGCCAUACAUUCCACCUAACGUGUGUAGACAAGUGGCUCAUAAGACACGGGUCUUGCCCCAUAUGCAGGCAGGAUGUUUAGAAGACCAAUGAGAUGAGACUUGUUAUAUAUGUGUAUAUUUUGAGUCGUGUGAGAUAGAGUUUGUGACUGAACUGUUAGGUGAUGUAUCUGCAAUUUGUUUGUACCGUAGCAUUGAUUACCAUAUACCCACAGAAAAAAAAUAGUUUUUUUGUAUCACUUUUGUAAACCUCUUAGAAUCCUUAGCAGUAUAGUUGUUUUUCAGAGUUGCAA